AUGUCGGGCCGUUGGCAUGCCGACGGAGCUCGAGGGCUUUUGAUGGCCCUGCGGCCCGAGGGGAAGGAGGAGGGGAGGGCGAGGCAAGUGAGGAGCAGGAGGAAGGAGACAGCCGUUGUGUCGUCGCUGCAUCCUGUGGCGAGGAACUACAAGCAGGAGAGGUUCACCCCCGGGAUGCAGUCGGCGAGGUCGCUCAACUCGAAGAUCAGGAGGAGCGCAAGCAUGGCCUCUCUCUGCAGCCUCGUGGAAGACAAUCGGGGGGAGCUCAACAACGUCAACGUGGCUACGGCCUUCUACAUGCUGGCGAAGCUGCAGCCGAGGCGCGCUGGGGCAGGAGGAGAGGAAAGGAUGGAGAUGCAGGAGUCGCUUGCGGUGCUGGGAAGUCAGGCGAUGGAGAUGAUCUCCUUCUUCGACCAGCAGCAGGUCGCCAAUGUCCUCUGGUCCAUCGCCAAGAUGGAUCGCCCAGCUUGCGACGAGCUGGUGGUUGCGCUGAGGCGACGAGCUGCCGUUCUGAUGCUCCGUGGGGAGUUUGCGCCUCAGCAUGUGGCCAACAGCCUGUGGGCGCUGGCGAAACUUGGGGAGAGGAUUGAGGGGGAGCUGGCAAGGGCCGUGAGAACCGCCAUGCUUAAGGAGGUGGAGGGGCUGAGCGCGCAGGAGACGGCGACGAGCAUGUGGGCGAUGGCUAAGGUCGGUUUCGACCCCGGGGAGGAGGUGAUGAGAACGCUUGUUGGGCAUGCAAACGAGAUUGUCGCGUCCUUCAACGCGCAGGACGUGUCGAACUUCCUCUGGGCGUCAGCGAAGUUGGGCUACGUGCCUGAGGAGGCGACGAUGGUGAAGCUCCGCAGGAGGACGUCCAAGAUCGCCGGGGACUUCAGCGCCCAGGGCAUCGCCAACGUGCUGUGGGCCAUGGGGACGCUAUCGAGCAGGACGGGGAGGAUGGCAGAGGAGGAGAUGGUGCGAGCCGUGUGCGCGCGAGCAUGCGAGGUGUGCGAGCAGUUCAACGGGCAGGCGGUGGCCAACAGCUUCUGGUCGCUCGCGAAGCUCGGAGCUGCGAACCAGCAGCUGGUGGUGGGGCUGACGAGAAGGAUGAUGGAGGUGGCGGAUUCGCUCAAGGCGCAGGAAUUGUCGAACAUCCUCUGGGCACACGCGCGGCUCGGGCUGACGUUCGGGGAGGAGGGGCUGCUGCUGCUGACCCGCCGGGCCUCCCGCGUGUCGCAUCUCUUCAACGGUCAGAACGUCGCCAACGCCCUCUGGGCCUUCGCCAAGUCCGGCAGGACGCCAUGCCCGCAGCUCUACCGGCAGCUCAAGGACCGCGCGCUGCAGCUAGAGGAGGAGCUGAGGCCCCAGGAGGCCUCCAGCAUGCUGUGGUCCCUCGCAAAGCUCAAGGACAGGGACGAGACGCUCGUCCUCCGCCUCCUCCGCCCCCCCCGUCGCAUCGCCAGCCUCAACGCCCAGGGAGUCGCCAACGUGCUGUGGGCGCUGGCGGCGCUGGAGGUGAAGCCCGAGGAGGAGGCGAUGGCGACGCUGAUGGCGCGAGCGGAGGCGAUGGCUCCUCAUCUCAACGACCAGGCGACGGCUGUGUGCGUGUGGUCGUUAGAGAAGCUCGGGGAGAAGAAACGAGCCUUCUCGCUCGCGUUCGGGGGGAGACGCGAGGGACUGAGGGAGAUGCCUGAGGUGAUGUAG